AUGGCUCAGAAGGAGAACGCCUACCCGUGGCCCUACGGCCGGCAAACGGCUCACUCCGGCCUGAACUCCCUGCCACAGAGAAUCCUCCAGAAGGACCCCACCACCCCCUCUUCGCUGGUCCUCAUGAACCGCUCCAAUGCCCAGCCCACAGCUGCCCCUGGCCACAACAGCAAUGGGACACCCAACUUAACGCGGUCCUUCACCAUCGAUGACUUUGAGAUUGGGCGCCCCCUGGGCAAAGGCAAGUUUGGGAACGUGUACCUGGCUCGGGAGAAGAAGAGCCGUUUCAUCGUGGCGCUCAAGGUCCUCUUCAAGUCGCAGAUCGAGAAGGAGGGCGUGGAGCACCAGCUUCGCAGGGAGAUCGAGAUCCAGGCCCAUCUACAGCACCCCAACAUCUUGCGCCUCUACAACUACUUCUACGACCGCCGGAGGAUCUACCUGAUCCUGGAGUACGCGCCCCGCGGGGAGCUUUACAAGGAGCUGCAGAGGAGCCGCGCCUUGGACCAGCAGCGGACAGCCACGAUCAUGGAGGAGCUGGCGGACGCCCUGACGUACUGCCACAGGAAGAAGGUGAUCCACAGGGACAUAAAGCCGGAGAACCUGCUCUUGGGGCUCCAGGGGGAGCUGAAGAUUGCCGACUUCGGUUGGUCCGUGCACGCCCCCUCCCUGAGGAGGAAGACCAUGUGCGGCACCCUGGACUACCUGCCUCCAGAGAUGAUUGAGGGGCGCACGCACAACGAGAAGGUGGAUCUGUGGUGCAUCGGGGUCCUCUGCUACGAGCUGCUGGUGGGGAACCCCCCCUUUGAGAGCGCCUCCCACAACGAGACGUACCGGCGCAUCGUCAAGGUGGACCUGAAGUUCCCGCCGUCCGUGCCCGUGGGAGCCCAGGACCUCAUCUCCAAGCUGCUCAGACACAACCCCUCAGAGCGCCUGCCGCUGGCCCAGGUCUCAGCCCACCCCUGGGUCCGGGCCCACUCCCGGCGGGUAUUGCCACCCUCCGCCCUCCAGUCCGGCCCCUGA